AUGUCAUAUCCUGUCGGCAGAUAUAGUCAGGAUGAGGAGAAUCGGAUGAUCAGCCUCCCUCCCCUUCAGUCCUCUACAGAAUACGACCCUCGAUAUGGAAUUCCAGUCUCGACAGCUCGUAUGAGCUCCGACUCCUACCGGCAGCACGGCCACACACUCUCAGACGACUCCCAAUGCCAUUCGGAAUGCGACAAAGACGAUAGCAGCCAUUCCGCCGAGCCACAUGUAGAUGGUGGCGCUGACCAACAGAACCGCCUGUUAUUUGCCGAUGCGGGCACUCUGGUAACCUGGUCUGGCCCAGACGACCCGUCGAAUCCUCUCAACUGGAGCCGGUCCAGAAAAUGGGUCUCGACGCUCUUGGUCUCGUGCUUCACGUUCAUCUCCCCGGUGUCGUCAACCAUGGUGGCGCCUGCGCUGCCGACCAUGGCGCAGGAAUUCGGAAUCAAGUCGGACAUAGAGCAGUACCUGCUCAUGUCCAUCUUCCUGCUGGCGUAUGCGCUGGGCCCGUUCAUCAUCGCACCCCUCUCUGAGAUGUACGGGCGCGUAGUCGUGCUGCAGUCGACGAACAUGUUCUAUCUGGUCUUUAAUACUGUCUGUGGGUUUGCGACGUCCCGGGAGCAGAUGCUCGCGUUUCGCUUUCUCAGUGGAUUCGGCGGUAGUGCGCCGCAAGCGAUCGGCGGCGGGGUGCUGAGUGACUGCUGGCGCAAGGAGGAGCGAGGAGCAGCCACGGCGCUGUACAGCCUGAUGCCCUUUAUCGGGCCUGCAAUUGGCCCAAUUGCGGGAGGAUACCUCACGCAGUACCUGUCGUGGCGGUGGAUCUUCUGGAUCGUAUCCAUGGCGGACGCCCUGGUGCAGCUGCUCGCCUUUCUGUUCCUCCGCGAGACCUACGCCCCCACGAUCCUGGCGACUAAAAAAAGAAACCUGCAGAAGGAGACGGGCAAUCGCCAGCUGCACACCGAGUAUGAUAGGCCCGAUCGUACCUUUGGCCAAGUCCUGCGCAAGAACCUCGUUCGCCCAUUCCGCAUGCUGCUCACCCAGCCGGCGAUCCAGGCUCUCUCGCUCUACCGCGGCUACCAAUAUGGCCUGAUGUAUCUAGUGCUCGCCUCGUAUCCCCUGGUCUGGGAGGGCGUCUACAACCAAGCCAAGGGCCCGGCCAGCUUGAACUACAUCUCGUUGGGCGUGGGCUUUGUGAUCGGCCUGCAGUUCUGCGGGCGCGUUAUCGACAUCGUAUACAUCCGCCUGCAACGCCGCUACGACCACCCCGGCCGCCCGGAAUUCCGCAUCCCACUCAUGCUUCCCGGCGGCCUCCUCGUCCCCGCCGGCCUGUUCCUCUACGGCUGGAGCGCAGCGUACCGCACGCACUGGAUCGUGCCGAACAUCGGCGCGGCGGUCUUCGCGAUCGGCCUGAUCAUCUCGUUCCAGUGCGCGCAGACCUACGUCGUGGAUGCGUACACCCGGUAUGCGGCCAGCGCCUCGGGCGCGGCAGCGUUUGUGCGCACGCUGGCGGGGUUUGCGUUCCCGCUGUUUGCGGAGAGUCUGUACCGCGCGCUGGGGCUGGGAUGGGGCAAUAGUCUGCUCGCGUUUAAACAACAGACUUCAUGGGCAUGGUAG